AUGGCCUUCGAGGUCGGGAAGCCGCUCUCCGUCCAGCUCGUCGACGGCACCGCGCUCAAAGGGUUUGUUCACGCCGAGGACGCAGCCGCCGGCCUCGUCUGUCUCGAACUCAUUCCGUCGGCUGACCUCACUCUGCUCCCCAUCUCCAACGUCAAAUCUGCCACCCCGAUUCCCGAUCUUGCCGACUCCCGCAAGUGGCCCGCCAAUCUUGACGUCGACCUUCCGCGCCUAAAAGCGGAACAGGAGCGCAUUUUCAGGAAGCGCCACAUCGAGUUUACCCAUAUCGGCGUUGGCGUCACGCCGGAAGGGCAAGCCGUGUUUGACGUACUCGCCAAGACGCUACCCUGCGAGUGGGAGGGCAACGUCAUUGUCGUUUUCGGAACAGUGCGACUCGGGCCGCCCUACGACAUCAAAUCCAUCAGAGUUAGAAUGGUUCUGGAACGAAGAACUCGCACACCUAGGCCUGCGGAAGAGACGAAUGGCGUCGCUUCCUGAACCACGGCUGGGCGACUACGGGACGUUUGAACUGCAAUUGGACGCCGAGCCAAGGUUUGCCACAUAAUCUCAUGCUAGCGCCUGUUUGUAAAGGCACAUAAUCCGAUAAAGCGCCCACUUGCAAGUACACAUGUUGGCAAAUCUUCGCUUACUGUCCACUACAAGUCCACUACAAGUCCACGCUGAAAAGAGGAGCGGUCGUAUACGAGGUUUUUUUUUUCUCUUUUCGACUACGAGAAUGCAUGCGCUGCUCCCUUGCCGUCUAUGUUUACUGUACAAAAUAUUAGGGGUUGUUGUUCUGCUAUCACGGGCAAA